AUAAAAUAUAUACAGUUUUAGUACACAUGCAUUUCCAUGUCUAUUUUUUCUAUAAUCGAAGACAAAAGUUUCUAAAUGGUUCUCACUGCGCGCAGUGAACAUCAUCAAGGUUGCGCUGAAGGUCACGCGGAUAUGUGUGCGGGCCGCGCGCUCCAGUGUUAACCGGGCGGCACGAACAGGAGGCCCGGGCACGCGCUGGCCCAGCGGAAGGUGGAGGGCGCCGGGCACGCGCAGCGCUUCCGCGCGAUGUGCCGGGCGGCGAGAGCGCGCGCCGUGCAGCAUGGGCUCGGUGGAGGAGUGCAUGGACGCGGCCGUGCGAGUGGCGCGCGCCGCGGGACAGGUCGUUCUGGAGGCCGUGAAGCAGGAGAAGCACGUGAGCACCAAAAGCACUCCGACGGACCUGGUGACGGAGGCCGAUCGCCUGGUGGAGGAGCUCAUCAUCUCCACGCUCAGGGAGAGCUUUCCCUCGCACAGGUUCAUUGGCGAGGAGUCGUGUGCCGCGGGAGAGCCGUGCGUCCUCACCGACAGCCCCACCUGGAUCAUAGACCCCAUCGACGGAACGUGUAAUUUUGUUCACAGUUUCCCUAUGGUGGCUGUAAGCAUAGGUUUUGCUGUCAAGAAAGAGCUUGAGUUUGGUGUCAUUUACCAUUGCUUCGAGGAGACCUUGUACACGGCUAGGAAGGGUCACGGUGCCUUUUGCAAUGGUCUCAGACUUCAGGUGUCCAAGGAGAAAGAUGUGUCCAAGGCCCUAAUUCUAACAGAAAUCGGCGCAAAGAGGGAUCCUGAAACACUGGCGCUGUUUUUGGGGAACAUGGAGAAGCUCCUGAGGGCACCUGCUCAUGGGGUCCGCAUCAUAGGCAGCUCCACGCUUGCGCUGUGCCAGGUGGCCGCCGGCGCGGCUGACGCCUACUACCAGUUCGGCCUGCACUGCUGGGACAUGGCAGCAGCGGCGAUCAUUAUUCGGGAGGCUGGAGGAGUUGUCAUGGACACGUCAGGUGGGCCCCUGGACCUCAUGUCCCGCAGGAUUGUCGCUGCAGCGUCCCAGGAGGUCGCCGGUUUCAUAGUGCAGCAGCUGAAGCCCAUCGGCUACGAGCGGGAUGACUGUGGCGAGCGUCACGCCGUGCGAUGACUCACCGCAGCGACGGGGCGACGCAGGCAGACGAUAGUGUUAUAGGUUCACCGUCCGCACCUUUUGAACACUGUACGCGAGACACGAAACGGGACAAAAUUUCUGACCUUCAGUUCCAGGGCAGAACAUGUUUUACCGGUGUUUACUGGCUCUCCCCCCUACGACCGCGAUCGGGAACGGAACGUUGUUUGUGACUUGUUUUUGUCCGUUUACUCGAAAGUCACUUUUAGUCUUUAGUCAAAAUCAGUACGGUCUUAAUCACGAACGUGUCCCGUCUUUUAUUCACAAGUUAGGUUUUGGCUUAAAAAUGUAACUACAACUGUAGGUUUUAUCGUCUUUUUAUUUACAGCAACGUUACAAGUGAUGUUAAAUUGACUGAAAGUAAAAAUGUACUCUGUCCACAAAUUCAUAUUAAAUCCCGUCUUUAC